GAGAGGGAAAUUGCUUGAUAUCGAUCUGAUUGAUAAUCACUCACUCAUUCACUCACACAAACACUGCAUUCAUAAUUAGUUCAUGUGCAAAAAUUUGUUUUUCAUUAAACAUUAUUCAAAUGAGCAGCAUCAUUUUUAUUCAAAAUUUUGUUCGAAAAUCAUCACCAUUAUCCAAUUUUCCGCUAUUAUCGACCAUUAAUAAACGACUAUUUAAAGUCUCCCAAACAAUGAGUCCAAAACGUAUUAUAUCAACACCGUUGGCACCGCAACCAAUUGGACCAUAUUCACAAGCAGUUCAAGUUGGCAAUACUGUUUAUCUUUCCGGACAAAUUGGUAUGAAUGUACGUACUAAUGAAAUGGUUACCGGAUCAAUUCGUGAUGAAGCACAACAAGCAUUUACGAAUAUGAAAGCCGUCGUUGAAGCAAGUGGUGCUAAAAUGUCCGAUGUUGUCAAAGUGAAUAUUUUCAUUCGAAAUUUCAAUGAUUUUCCUGCCAUUAAUGAUGUGAUGAAAGAAUUUUUUCAAUCACCAUUUCCAGCACGAUCAACAGUCGGUGUUGCUGAAUUGCCGAAAAAUGCUCGUGUUGAAAUUGAAAGUAUCGUUGUAAUUGAAUAAAUGCGAUGAGAAUGUUGCAUUUUCUCAUUUUGUUUUUUUUAAAUUGACUGAAAUGAUCUGAAUAAAUGUUUCUUUUUUGGAUUUCUCUUGUUCAACAUACUUUCUCUCUAUUUUUUUGCGACAACAAAAAACCAUAUCUAACAGAGAGGUCAAAUGUCAGCCAAUGACACAUACGACGACGACUAUGCAUCAACCAAAUGUCAAAUGUGUGUACAAUAAACAGAAAAACAUCGAGAAAAUUAAAAAAAAAAAGACAAAUCCGGUUAUCAAAUGGAAUGUUUUGAAAAUUUCAAUUUAUUCAAAUAAUUCUAGAUAGUAAUUGAAUGGGUGGAUUCUUAAGAAUUUCACUACCAUCAAAUUCACUGUGUUUGACGUCAAUUGGUUGAUUAAAAAACCAAAUUGUUGUUAAAUA